AAAGAUGAUGGAUCUAAUAGGUUGUUUUUUAAGUUGAGGGACACAAGUGGCUGAACAUGCAAAGUUGAGGGACUUCAAUAUGCCUUUAGCCAAUUUGAGGGACAUGUAGAUGCAUGCAGGCCAUCGUCAGAUCAACCUUUGUUGCAUAUGGGAUGGGAUUAUCAUGAGGAUUGGGCUCUAGUCCAAAGGAAAGGCCCUUUGAUUGUAUGAAGCCCACUUCGACUCUCUUGUCCUCUCAUUCGCCCGCCUUCUUCAUUGCAAUCCUUUGAACGGAGAGAGAGAGAGAGAGAGAGAGCAUGGAAGGCGAAAAAGAUAUCCCCAUGGCUGAUUCCCACCAAACAAUGAUUGAACAUCCAGAAAAGGGAAACACAAGUGAGCAACAGAGGCAUCAGCCAUAUAUGCAAUCAGAGGAAGACAAACGAGAGAGGGCAGAGUCCCCUACUGAUUCUCAGAAGACAAUUUCUGAUGAUGAUGAAAUAGACUACUCCAUCAAACCAGAGUUUUAUGAUCCUGAUCUCGAUGACAAAGAUGAAAUAUGGGUUCAAAAACAAAGGAAAUGUCGUUCUUCUGAUGCUGUGCUUAGCUGCCCGGCAUGCUUUACCACUCUAUGUCUGGAGUGCCAAAGGCAUGAAAAAUAUUUAACCCGGUACAGAGCAGUUUUUGUCACCAACUGCAAGAUCAAAAGUGAAGCAUCAGGGGUAAGGAACCUAAAACGAAAAAGAGGCAUGAAAGGGAGAGGAUCUAGUCACAAUGAGGCAGCUCCUGGAGAUGGUGAAACAUUCAAGCCAGUGUGUUGUGCUGUUUGUUCGACAGAGGUUGGAGUAAUCGACGAAGAAGAGGUCUACCAUUUCUUCGAUGUUCUUCCAAGCGAAUGCUGAUUUCUCCAGUUGAUGAAACAAAUCACGGUCUACAUAGCAUUUCCUCAAGAUAGUGUUAUCAAAACUUGGUAUUUAUUUACUCAAGAAAGUAUAGCAACAACAUCUCAAAGCCUUUUAUCUCUAACAUGUAAGGUCCGCUGCAUAAAUUUUACCCAGCCAGUCAUUUUAUUUAUAGCUUUACUAGUCA